ACAACAACGCUUGGAUCAAAAUUGUAGUUUUCCCUUGAUUUUUUUUAUUUUUCGAAAACAACUCCCCUUGCAAUAAAGUAUUGUACCUCCAGCAGCAAAAUCAGUUCCCUGUUUGAGUACUUGUUUUCUGUCUGAGUUUCCAAAGUACAAUACCCAAUAGCUAUCGCCCCAAGUCAUGGGAGCUCCCACACCCACGGCCACCGGCCUACUCACCGCCGAUUCUCCUACUAUUCUUCUUCCGAGAAAGCUCGGGUUUUCAAGAUGCUCGCAUGGGGUUUUCAGCUUCAGCCUCAAGCUUAAACCACCGAGAAGGAGUGGGUUCUGCCUCAGAUUCUCCUGCUCAUUGGAGAACUCUGAUGCCCAGAAGGCCCCGUCUCAGAGUUAUUUCCAAAACGGCGAUGUCGUGUCGGGAUCCCGGAUUGGGGAUGAAUUGUUGAAAUUUGAAGUGAGAAGCGCGUCUACUCCAGCUAGUGUGAUUUCAGCCCCUAAAUUGAGCCUGGGUGAUCAGGCUUUCUUGCUCCUUGCCUUCAUUGGUUGCACGACUGCUGCUGCCUUCACCAGUCUUGUUAUUGCAGCCGUGCCAACAUUAUUUGCAAUGCGAAGGGCAGCAAUAUCUCUUUCAAGAUUAGCUGAUACUGCUCGUGGGGAGCUUCCCAGUACAAUGGCCGCAAUCAGGUUGUCGGGCAUGGAAAUCAGUGAUCUCACACUAGAACUAAGUGACUUAAGCCAAGAAAUAGCAGAUGGGGUUAACAAAUCUGCUCAAGCGGUGCAAGCAGCAGAAGCUGGAAUCCGACAAAUAGGUUCACUUGCUCGCCAACAAACCAUGUCCAUGAUUCAGGAAAGAGCAAGCCUACCAAUCAUCUCGCUGCAACCAGUGGUGGCAGGGGCUGCAAAGAAGACUUCUCGUGCUGUAGGUCAAGCCACUAAGACUUUCUUGAAUAUCAUCUCACGAGGUGAGCAUGACUUAGCAGGUGAAGAUGGUAAUUCUACCGACAGGAUAGAAAGUUGAGAAAUUCUGUUGAGAAGCUAAUCUACAGAUUGCGUGAAUAUAGCAAGAGGGCGAUGCUCAAGUUGGUAGGUAAUCAGCAGAAUGCACUUGCAAGUUCUCCUCCACACACGGAAGUAAUGCAAACAGAGACUUUCGUGACAUCUUUACAUGUAUAUAUCCCGUUAUCUUUUCCAAAACAAGGAAAAAUGAUCCAAGUGUAAACUUUAGUGUUGAUCUAUUUAAAAUUUAUUGUGAACUGAUUGCGGAAUCUUUAUACAGAUUAAAAAACCAUGAGAAUCAGAAGACAUCUCUGUAAAGUCAAUCAUAUGACUUGGGCUAUUUGGAGUAUAUCUUGCUGGGUUUACUAGUGGGUCUGAGUUCGUUUGGUAUUGGAUUCAUGCAAAAGGGGGCUCUUGAUGGAAUGUACUGGGUCGGUUCACUUAAUUACUAUUGGACAUAAUUGAGAAUGAACUAAACCAUUUCUUGUUUUA